AUGUGGUUCUGUGCUGUGUUCCUGGCUUCUCUUGCUGCCUCCACAGCUUGGGGGCAGACAACUGCACCACCUGUGGUGAACACCAAGCAGGGCAAGGUCCUGGGGAAGUUUGUCAGUAUAGAAGGAGUGGCACAGCCCGUGGCUGUCUUCCUGGGAAUCCCCUUUGCCAAGUCCCCGCUGGGAUCCCUGAGGUUUGCACCACCAGAGCCUGCAGAGCCAUGGAGCUACGUGAAGAACACCACCUCCUACCCUCCCAGGUGUCCUCAAAUCACAACAGAGAGUUUACUGAUGCCAUUGUUUAAUCCCCACAUGAGGAAUGUUACUCUUAAAAUGUCUGAAGAUUGCCUUUACCUAAAUGUUUACACUCCCAGCAACUUGGCGAAGAAAAGCAGAUUGCCGGUGAUGGUGUGGAUCCAUGGAGGUGGUCUAUUGAUUGGUUCAGCAUCAGAGUAUGAUGGACUGACCCUGUCUGCCCAUGAAAAUGUGGUGGUGGUGACCAUUCAGUACCGCUUGGGCAUCUGGGGAUUUUUCAGCACAGGAGAUGAACACAGCCGAGGCAACUGGGGUCACUUGGACCAGGUGGCUGCACUGCGCUGGGUCCAGGACAACAUUGCCAACUUUGGAGGGAACCCAAGCUCUGUGACCAUCUUUGGAGAGUCAGCAGGAGCUGAAAGCGUCUCUGUUCUUGUUUUAUCACCCCUGGCCAAGAACCUCUUCCAUCAAGCCAUUUCAGAGAGUGGCGUGGCCCUCACCCCUGGUCUCUUCAGGAAGGAUGUCAAGCCCUUGGCUGAGCAAAUUGCUAUUGCAGCUGGGUGUAAGACCACCACCUCAGCGGUCAUGGUUCAUUGCCUGCGCCAAAAGACAGAAGAUGAGCUCCUGGAGACAACACUGAAAAUGAAUUUUUUCAGCUUCAGUGUAAACGGCGAUCCCAGACAGAGUUACCUCUUGGUGCCCACUGUGACAGAUGGAGUGCUACUGCCAAUGCCACCGCUAGAGAUUCUGGCAGAAAAGAAAUACAACAAGGUCCCCUACAUUGUGGGAAUCAACAAGCAGGAGUUUGGCUGGAUCCUUCCAAAGCUGGUGGGCUAUCCACUCUCUGAUGGUGAACUGGACCAGAAGACAGCCACAGACCUCUUGUGGAGGUCCUACCCCAUUACUAAUAUCUCUAAGGAACUGACUGCAGCGGCCACUGAGAGGCAUUUAGGAGCAACAGAUGACCUUGCCAAAAAAAGAAGCUUGUUCAUGAGCAUGAUUGGAGAUGUGAUGUUUGGUGUCCCAUCUGUGAUUGUGGCUCGCCACCACAGAGAUGCUGGAGUCCCCACCUACAUGUAUGAGUUUACAUAUCGCCCCAGCUUCUCAUCAGACACAAGACCUUUGACGGUGAUAGGAGACCAUGGGGAUGAACUCUACUCUGUCUUUGGAAUCCCAUUUUCCAAAGAGGGUGUCUCAGAGGAGGAGACCCAAUUGAGCAGGAUGAUGAUGAAAUACUGGGCCAACUUUGCCAGGAACGGGAACCCCAAUGGGGAAGGGCUUCCUCACUGGCCAAAGUACGACCACAAGGAGGGAUACCUGCAGAUUGGAGCCUCCACCCAGGCAGCCCAGAAGCUGAAAGACAAGGAAGUAGCUUUCUGGACUGAGCUCCAGGCCAAGGAGGCAGCAAAGUCACACCAGACAGAACAUGCUGAGUUGUGA